UCUCUCUCUCUCUCUCUCUCUCUCUCUCUCUCAGUGUUCUUCUGGAGAGCGGAGCGUGCAGACUGAGUGACCAAGGUACAGGGACAGGUUCUGCUCUCCUGUUGCACAGACUGACCACCAGAAUGGACCUUUAUUUCAGCUCGACUCUCUAAAUGUGUUCCUGUAUAAACAGAGGAGAUCACACAGAGUCCAGCAGGAAACCACUCACUCACGUGGACUCACCCAGACUCACCUGGCCAGUCCCCCGACUGGCAGAACUGGACCUGUUGGAUUGUGUUUAUGGGGAAAGCAGACAGAACAAAAGGAACACACACACACACACAGUUAUCGUGUUAGAGGAGAGCCGCUGUACGCCCUCUGAGGCUCCUCUUCCCUUCCUUGUUUUCUGGCCGUUAUGAUUCGGUCAGCAGUGAUUCAGUGGGCCUCUGUGCUGCUAGCUGCUGUGUUUGGAGCAUUCCAUUCUGCAGAAGGUGGGUGUUCAGGAAAGUGUUGUCCAGGGACAGACCUGACCUGUACUUCGCUGGACUGGAGCAGUGACCGUAUUUACGGGACAUGUUACUGUGAUGAAAACUGUGUGAGGGCUAAAGACUGCUGCUUUGAUUAUCCAACAGAAUGCUCAGCCCAGCCGUGUGUGGUGAGUGAAUGGACGCACUGGAGUGGCUGUGUGCAGCCCUGUCAGCCUUCAUACCGCGUUCGGAGACGUGGCAUUGAGAUAAAUCCCCGAAAUAGUGGGCAGGCCUGUCCAGCUCUGGAGGAAAGAGCAGGCUGUAUGGAGUACCAGGAUCAUCAGGGACAGAGCUGUGGUCAUGCGCAAGGACCAGCGCUGAUAACAACAGCAGAGUACAGCAACGGCAGAAUAAGGCAGAGUUUAUACGGGAGCCCUCAGCAUUCUGGGUUCUGCAUGGAGUUUAAAGUGGAGUCGCUGAACAGACACUGUAUGGUUGAGAAUAAACCCCACACACGCUGGAUGCAGUAUCUGAGAGAAGGGUUUGUGGUUUGUGUUUUGUGCCAGCCGCCCGCCAUCAGCAACCACAGCCACACUUGCCAAGGAGAUGGACACUAUGCAGAAAGGGAUGACAUUCUGCACUGGCAGGCUGUGGGAAGUCCUCAAUGCAGAGGAACGUGGAGAAAAGUUCAGAAACUGCAGCACUGCUCCUGUCCUCCAGUCCACAGCUUCAUCUUCACCUGAAUGCAAACUUGCACAUAAAAGGUUACAUUUAUA